GUCUAUCUUCAACAAACAAAUUAAACCAAACCCACUUCUUAAACAACCGUGCAUUCUAAGUCUUGUAAUCUGUGAAGUGAGAUCAUCAUAAUCAUCAUCACCAGAAAGAAGAUGAGUUAUGGAAGAAGCAAGGGUUGGAUUGUAGCAGCUAGUGUUGGAGCAGUGGAGGCUUUGAAGGACCAACUGGGUGUGUGCAGAUGGAAUUAUGCCAUGAGGUGUGCUCAACAACACCUCAAAAACCAUGUUGGAUCCUUGUCUCAAGCAAAGAAUGUUUCUUCUGCUGGUAUUGUUGCAACCAAAUUAAAGGGUGAGAAGGCCAAGCAGGCUGAGGAGUCCUUGAGGACUGUUAUGUACUUGAGCUGCUGGGCUCCCAACUGAUCUUAAAAUGGAAACCGUCUAGAGACAUUUUCUGUAUUCAUCAGCAUGGUGAUUGUGUAAAUAGAGAUGAUAGAUUAGAUAGAUGAUAUGUGUAACGUCAUAUGGAAGGCUUUUUGGUCAAUUUAAAUGAAAAAAUAUAUAAAAAAAAAAACUAUUUCCCGUAAUGAUUUGUUUUAUGUUGCUCAUGGAUCAUCGAAGGAAACGAUGGGGGCUUUAACAUUUUUUGUGUUUUGAAAAAGUAAAAAAAACAAAACAAACAAAACGCUGAGACUUUGGCGUGUUUUGUUGUACAUAAAACUCCUAUGGGUUAGGCCUUUUUUUAACCCCUCUCGGAAGCUGUAUUUUUUAAUUGAAUAUG